UUUUACCCGACAGAUGAAGAGCUUCUUGUUCAGUAUCUCUGUCGGAAAGUUGCAGGCUACCAUUUCUCUCUCCAGAUAAUCGGAGAUAUCGAUCUCUACAAGUUCGAUCCUUGGGAUUUGCCAAGUAAAGCUUUGUUUGGGGAGAAGGAAUGGUACUUUUUUAGCCCAAGAGACCGGAAAUAUCCGAACGGGUCAAGACCCAAUAGAGUAGCCGGGUCAGGUUAUUGGAAGGCAACGGGUACGGACAAGAUCAUCAUGUCGGAAGGUCACCGAGUCGGGAUUAAAAAAGCUCUGGUUUUCUACGCCGGAAAAGCUCCAAAAGGCACGAAAACAAACUGGAUUAUGCACGAGUAUCGACUCAUCGAGCAUUCUCGUAGCCAUGGAAGCUCCAAGUUGGACGAUUGGGUCUUAUGCCGAAUCUACAAGAAAUCGCCGGGAUCUCAGAGACAAGCUGUUGCUUCUCCGGUACAAGCUUGCCUUGAAGACCACAGCACGAACAUGUCGUCGUCGCCGUCUUCUUCGUCUCAGCUCGACGACGUUCUUGAUUCGUUCCCGGAGAUGAAAGAUCGGUCUUUUGAUCUUCCUCGGAUGAAUUCUCUCAGGACAAUUCUCAACGGGAAUUUCGAAUGGGCUAGCUUAGCAGGUCUUAAUCCCAUGCCUGAGCUAGCUCCGAUGACCAACGGUUUGUCGAAUUACGGAGGUUACCACGCGUUCCAGUCGGCGGAGAGCGGGUGUAGGAGUUCGCAGGUCGAUCAGGAGCAGAACUCGACCGAGUUGUCUCAGAAUUUCGGGUACAGCUCGAGCGGGUUCGGACUUUCGGGUCAAAUGUACGAGUUUAGGCAAUGAGAGAUGGGUUAAUGUAAUUGGCUACUCACAUAUGAGUGGACGCGGUAAAGAAAAAGUAAAAAAAAAUCCUAGAGUGGCAAUUAUGUAAACAAAUAGAGAAUUAUAAUGGGCCUUAACCGAUUCGGUUAGGCUUAGGAUUCCAGAAAGCGAAGGCCUUGAGAUUAGUUUUGACCUAAUUUGACGGGCCGAAAAUGUAAUAGCUCACACUACGUUAAUGGGCUCUUUUGUAAUUAAUUCUAACAGGAGAAAAGUAAAUAAAUAUUAUAAAGA